GUGAGCUGUCAGAAGGAAUAGAGCUCCCCGGGUGACCACAGCGCCGUACGCAGCACUUUCCCGCCUUCUCCAGCUCCUGUCAGGCGGCCGUCACCCCCCGCUCUCCUAUCCGGUCUCAUGUGCUCGCAGAUGGAGCAGCCUUUCUACCACGACGACUCCAUGCUGUCCGCUUACUCCCGGCCAGACCCGUCCUUCCUGAAGCACAGCCUGUCCUCCUUCAACGAGCAGUACCGGGCGCAGAAGCCGGAGCUGUCCUACUACAUGGAGCAGCCGAGCCUGAAGAUGUCCGCCCCGGAGCUGGAGAGGCUGAUCAUCCACAGCGGCCCCGGCGUCAUUAACAGCGCGCCCGGGGGGCAGCUCCUCUACCGGGGCGGCACGGAGGAGCAGGAGGGCUUCGUGGACGGCUUCGUCCGGGCGCUGGACGAUCUCCACAAGAUGAACCGGGACGUGCCGCCGAACGUGUCCCUGGCGGGGGGAACCGCCACCCCGAUCAGCAACCCCGGCCUGUACGGGGGAGACCCGGCUAUCUACACCAACCUGUCCGCCUACAACUGCUACCGCCAGCCGUCCGCCACCAUCAGCUACCUCCCGCAGGCGGCGACCGCUAGCUACGGCCCGUCCCCGGUCUUCAAGGAGGAGCCGCAGACGGUACCGGACGCCGGCGGCAGCCGAGACAGCACUCCCGCCCCGAUGUCCCCCAUCAACAUGGAGGAGCAGGAGAAGAUCAAGGUGGAGAGGAAGAGGCUGCGGAACCGCCUGGCCGCCACCAAGUGCCGCAAGCGCAAGCUGGAACGCAUCGCCCGCCUGGAGGAUAAGGUGCGGGAGCUGAAGAGCGAGAACAGCGGCCUGAGCGGGACCGCGGGGGCUCUGCGGGAGCAGGUGGAGCAGCUGAAGGGCCGGGUGCGGGAGCAUGCCAGGCACGGGUGCCAGCUGCUGCUCGGGGGCAAGGGCCACCCCGUCUUCUGAGGGCGCCCCCUGCUGUCUAAGGACUGACCUGCACUAUCAGAGCCCAGCAGCGCCCCCUGCUGUCUGCCCGAUCUAUAGACUCUCAGCCCCCUGCAGGCUAUAGACUGAUCUACAUCUAAUGGGCAGCUGUGCCAGGGGCUGAUGGGGAACUACAGCGCACCUCUUGUCUGCCCGAUCUAUGGACUCAGCCCCUUGGGGAUCUGCACUGCCCCCUGCUGUUUAUAGACUGAUCUACAUCUGAUAAUGAUGACUACAGCGCCCCCAGCUGUGUGCCCUAGCCAUAGGCGCACUCUGGGGUUUGAGGACUAUGAACUGAUGGGAGAUCCUGCUUUCGGUGGACCCCUGAAUAUGCCGCACUUACAGACUAGGCCCUGUGUGGGUGAAGAGGGCAAUCGGUGCCCGCUGCAGACUGUUUUUGAUCUUAGGGGUUGCCAACCACCCAUGAUAUUGCUGCUCUAAACUCCAGAAGGACCAUGACUUUGGGAGAGACUCCUUACUGAGGAACUACUAGUCCCAGCAGUGCGCUGUAGGGUACUUGCAGCUCCGCAGUAAUCGGGUGGCCUGGGGUCUGAUGAGCCCUCCUGCUGCCACAUGGGCAUUGGGCUCGCCCUGCCCUUGUGGCAGUAGAAGGGUUAAUCCUGACUGCAUGGUGACUAAUCCCUUCCUCCCUCCCCCCCUCCCCACCGGCACUUAAUUAUGUCUUCCUGAUCUAUGAUGUAUCACCAUGUGAAAGAGGACGUGGGUCACGUGCCUGCGCAGGCUCUGGGACCACCCUACCCACUUGUUCACUGUAAUAGGGACCACGGCCCAGCGUGUGGGGACUGAACUGGACCAGACUACGGCAAAAUAUUGGAUUUCUUCCAGUGUGAGGUUUACAGACCAACAUGUGACUCCUGUCAAUGAGGGGCGCUUACUGCGCAGCGGCUGUGGGCUCCUGCUGGGCAGGCCAGGCACUGCGCAGUAAAGCCUUUAUAUAUAAAGCGGGGGAGGGGGGCUCUGCAGGACUCGGACCCCCCCUGCCCCCUCUCUAGAAGUAUUUAAUGCACAGUAGUUUAUUUAAGGUACUUUCCAGGCGGAGAUUUCUUGGUGUCUAAAUCUUUUAUGUGUUUUUAUACCGCGCUGUCGCCGGACUGUUUUAUGUCUUGUUUCUGUAUUUAAGUAAAUGAUUGUUUACAAAUGAA